GUCCUCUCUCGGGAAGUUGCGUCUCAGUCUUCCCUCGUCGUUGACGCUAUGGCCGGAAUCCGAUUGCCGCCUGAAGACUCCGAUAUCCCUCAGGCCAGAGCUCCGACCAACGCUGAUCUGGUCUCCGAUGACGACCGCUCCGUGGCUGCCGACUCAUGGUCCAUAAAGAGCGACUACGGAAGCACUCUCGACGAUGAUCAGCGCCAUGCCGAUGCCUCCGACGCUCUCGCCUCCGGAAACUUCCGUGCCGCUUCAGAUUACAGUUCUGACAAGGAUGAACUGGAUUCUGAAGUGGUGACAUCGAUGCUAGGUCUUCAGAGUUAUUGGGAUGCUGCAUAUGCAGAUGAAUUGACAAAUUUCCGUGAACAUGGCCAUACUGGUGAAGUUUGGUUUGGGGUUGAAGUCAUGGAGAUUGUUGUUUCCUGGACCAAAAGCUUGUGCAUUGAGAUUUCUCAAGGUCACAUGCCCAAUCAUCUUGAUGAUGCCAAAUCUGAGCCUGUUGAACAGGGUGAGAAAUAUUUGUCCAGUUGGAGUGUACUCGACAUUGGAACUGGCAAUGGUUUGCUUCUUCAGGAACUCGCUAAGCAGGGGUUCUCUGAUUUAACUGGAACUGAUUAUAGUGAAGGGGCAAUUGACCUUGCUCGAAGCCUUGCUGAUCGUGAUGGGUUCACCAACAUCAAUUUUUUGGUUGACGAUGUUCUUGAGUCAAAGUUGGAAAGGCAGUUUCAACUUGUCAUGGAUAAGGGGACUUUAGAUGCCAUCGGCUUGCAUCCUGAUGGUCCUAUCAAAAGGAUCAUGUAUUGGGAUUCAAUGUCAAGACUGGUGACUCCUGGAGGAAUAUUUGUGGUCACAUCAUGUAAUAAUACAAAAGAUGAACUGAUUCGUGAAGUGGAUGCUUACAAUCAGAGAGUACUUGGUGCAUCCCAGGAGCCUGAUACUCCCAAAGACCAAGAUAUCUCUCGAGAUUCUCCUCCAUUUCGUUACAUCAAUCAUGUUCGCUCAUAUCCAACGUUCAUGUUUGGAGGAUCAGUAGGAUCACGUGUUGCUACCGUGGCAUUUCUCCGGAGCUGAAACUGGUUAAUUCUAUCAUGGGUGCAUUUUUCUGUUCAAAUGUUUUGUUUUUGGUUUUUUGCUUUUAGAUUGUUUAAUGGAAAUUGUGUAACUUAGCGACCCACGUGACUGAAGUUUCUGGGAUAUAGUUUGUUAGGGAUCCAAUGCAGUGGGAAAGAAGACGGGACUCUCAGGUUUAGUGUCUUAAGAGAUCAAUUCUGUGUAAAUCUAACCUUUCAGUUCCAAAUUUAAGAAAUGACCAUGAAUUCAACUCUAAGUCACAUUAUUUGAAUGACCUAGUUCAUUCUGCUCUUCCCUUAAA